GGGGGGAGAAAAGAUCGGAACCAAAACUAAAAAAUCACGUCGAGCUUGUGGAACUUCUUGGAAUUGCAGAUCUGAAAAGAGGUGCUAAUGUAGCUGGGGGUAGAGGAUUUUAUUUGAAAGGAGAUGGUGUCCGUCUCAAUCAAGCUCUUAUAAAUUUUGGUCUUGAUUUUUUGGAGAAAAGGGGCUAUACAUCACUGCAGACUCCAUUCUUUAUGAGGAAAGAUAUAAUGGGAAAAUGCGCUCAAUUAGCACAAUUUGAUGAAGAACUGUACAAGGUAACAGGCGAGGGAGAUGACAAGUAUCUGAUUGCCACUGCGGAACAACCACUUUGUGCCUAUCACAUAGAUGAUUGGAUUCAUCCAACACAGCUCCCCUUAAGAUAUGCUGGAUAUUCGUCUUGCUUCCGUAAAGAGGCUGGUUCACAUGGCCGAGACACUCUUGGUAUUUUCCGUGUUCAUCAGUUUGAGAAGGUUGAACAGUUCUGCAUUACCAGCCCAAAUGGCAAUGAUUCUUGGGAAAUGCAUGAGGAGAUGAUCAAAAACUCAGAGGAAUUCUAUCAGAUGUUGAAAUUGCCAUAUCAUAUAGUGUCUAUAGUUUCUGGUGCGCUAAAUGAUGCUGCGGCAAAGAAGUACGACUUGGAAGCAUGGUUUCCCGCAUCCAGCACUUACAGAGAACUUGUGUCUUGUUCAAACUGCACGGAUUACCAAUCAAGAAAAUUGGAGAUCAGGUUUGGACAAAAGAAGAGCAAUGAACAAAUGAAGCAAUACUGCCAUCUAUUGAAUUCCACACUGACAGCAACAGAGAGGACCAUGUGCUGCAUUCUUGAGAACUACCAAAGGGAAGAUGGUGUGGAAAUACCAGAAGUACUACAGCCAUUUAUGGGUGGAAAGACGUUUAUGCCCUUCCAAGCCCCACCUCCAACCAAAGAAACAACAAAAGGGAAGAAAUCAAAAGCAUAGUAGGUGAAGCAUUUUAUAAGAGAUAUUUAUAUGGCUCUUUUUGGUGUUUGCUACAAGAUGAAUAGGAUUUUUAUCACAUUCUUGUUAUAAUACUCUUUUAAGAAUGAUUGCUUCAAUUUGUACUGCUACAAUGGUUUUUUGUGUUCAUUAGUUUUUGGAUUUUCCCUCU